AGAAGGGAAGCACCUAAGACAUGCAGGACAGGGGGGCGGUGAGGACCAGGGUUGAGAAACGCUGUGCUAGGGGAAUUCCGACUCCUGUGAAUGAAAGAGCUGCAUGUUAAAGGGCAUUUUUAUUUCUAUUUGUGCAGGCCUCUGCCAGCAACCUGCAUUAAAGAUCAACCAGCAACUCCUGUGGUCUGACUCCCUUCUUCAACUGAACACAACGCAGAACACAUCAAGGUUAACCGGUUGUAUAUGACUAGGUUAUCAGUAAAAAACACCGUUUGGAUUCAGCCGGUCAGACAUUUUACAUCCUCCAGCGACCUGCCUCCUGUUUACGUGCGAACUGAAGGUGAAACUAUCUUAAACAUAGGAUGCAGAAAUCUGUCAAAGUGAAACUUUCAGUUCGUGGUUGGUGUUUGUCACAUGGUCUCGGUCAUGUGGGCAGGAAGUCUUUAGUAAAAUGUAUCGUCUGAUUGUAGCAGUAAUUGAGUAAAAUGCUAGAAAUCCCAGCUGUGGACUAACACAUGACUCCUUCUUGUGGAUCUUACCCAAAUAUAUUUGCCUGCAGAACCGAGUAUCUUCAUUUCAUUCUGCUUGCCAACCCUCCAGCUGCUGUUACCCACAAAAAUGGCUCACCUUCCAGCACUUUUUAAGUAUGUGGAUGAGCACGAUGAUCUCUAUGUGCAGCGCCUGGCAGAAUGGGUCAGCGUCCAGAGUGUGUCCGUUUGGCCCGAGAAGCGCGGAGAGAUCCAGAAGAUGAUGGAGAUGGCAGCGGAUGAGAUCAAGAGGCUGGGGGGGAAAGUGGAGCUGGUGGACAACGGCACCCAAAAGCUUCCCUCUGGAGAGGAGAUCCCUCUGCCUCCCAUCCUCCUGGGCAGUUUGGGCUCGGACCCGGCCAAGAAGACGGUGUGUAUUUACGGUCACCUGGACGUCCAGCCUGCUCAGGUGAAGGACGGCUGGGACACCGAGCCGUUCACUCUGGUGGAGAAAGACGGUAAGCUGUACGGAAGAGGAUCCACUGAUGAUAAGGGUCCGGUUCUGGCCUGGUUCAACUGCAUCGAGGCCCAUCAAAAGAUCGGGACGGAUCUUCCCAUCAACAUCAAGUUCUGCUUUGAAGGAAUGGAGGAGUCGGAUUCUGAGGGUCUGGACGAUCUGGUGUUUUCCCGAAAAGAUUCGUUCUUCAAAGACGUGGAUUAUGUCUGCAUCUCUGACAACUACUGGCUGGGAAAGACCAAACCGUGCAUCACCUACGGCCUCAGAGGAAUCUGCGGCUUUUUCAUCGAGGUCGAGUGCAGCAGGACAGACCUUCACUCCGGCGUCUUUGGCGGCUCGGUUCAUGAGGCCAUGACUGAUCUCAUUUCACUCAUGGGCUGUCUCAUCGACAGGAAGGGAAAGAUUUUGAUUCCUGGGAUGUACGACAGCGUCGCUCCUCUGACAGAAGAGGAGAAAAAACUAUAUGAUAAGAUCGAUUUUGACGUGGUUGAGUACUGCCAAGAUGUGGGAGCUGGAAAGCUGCUGCAUGAAACUAAGGAACAAAUCCUGAUGCAUCGCUGGAGGUAUCCGUGUCUUUCUCUGCACGGAAUCGAAGGAGCGUUUUCCGAAACUGGAUUCAAGACUGUUAUUCCCCACAAGGUCAUUGGCAAAUUCUCCAUCCGCCUUGUCCCUGACAUGGACCCCAAAGUCGUGGAAAACCAGGUGAUCGAGCAUGUGCAGAAGAAAUUUGCUGAAUUGGGAAGUCCUAAUAAAAUGAAGGUGUACAGUUUUGGUGAAGGGGCCAAAGCCUGGGUGUCUGACUUUAACCAUCCACACUACAUGGCUGGUCGACGAGCAAUGAAGACAGUUUUUGGCGUUGAGCCGGACCUGACCCGUGAGGGCGGCAGCAUUCCCAUCACUCUGACCUUCCAAGAGGCAACGGGUCGGAACGUCAUGCUGCUUCCUAUCGGAUCCUCCGAUGAUGGCGCUCACUCACAAAAUGAAAAGAUCAACAGAUCAAACUACAUUCAAGGAAUCAAGAUGCUGGCUGCUUACUUCCAUGAAGUUUCAAAACUGGGUUGAACUCAUAAAGUCUUGAAUAACAUCUGUGCUCACUUUCAGAACCUGAACCCUUUCAGUACAAUUUUUACCUUUCAAUUAAAAGCGUUUCUGGAGACGUCUGACAAUAAACUGGCUUUCACAUUAA